CGGGCUUCCAGGCUGAUGGAAAGGUUCCCGUGGUUCCUGCAGAAACCCCUAGAGGUAUCACGUGAUCUAUGAUGGCAUGGGUUCAAGCUCCCCGAAAGGGUCACGAGCCUACCGAGAAGAAGACAACAGCCGUUUAGAGCUACCAACAGUGGUCACACAUCUAAGUCAGGCUCAAUGCUCUGACUUAGCUUUAGACACCCUAAUUAUAGUUCUCUGUGAAUUCGAUAAGAGAUCUUUGUCUUCCAAUUUCAAUGUCCGAGUAGCUUCUAUCUAGCCCAUAAACCAGGUGAACCAUUUUCCUGUUUAAUCAUGUCGACAACCAUUCCGAAACAUGGGGAUUCACGUCUCUUAUCUCUGCCCAUUAGAGCAUCUGUCUACCACCAGGAUCCUCUAAUUUAUAUUGACCGUCAAGCGAAACACAUCCAACAUAACCUACAGGCUCUUAUCGAUGCUCAAAGCGAAGGUCUCCUAGCAGGUCUCCAAGGACCUCAGUUAAACGAGACACCCACUGGAAGCUCUACCCCUUCCACAGAACCUAGUAUCCUCCAGAAGCCUUUGACCGUCCCUGUCAGACAACCGGUUACGGAGAAGAUUAGUUUACGUGCUGCACGCGAAGGAAUAUUCAAAUCCAUAUUUGACUUGCUGAAACUUAGAGAGGAGGAGCGAGAAAUACUCACAGCUCGUGUUGCCAUACGAACGGAUGCACUAGAUGAAAUUAACAGUUUUACUACAAAAAGAGCCGGGCUUGAGGAGGCUGUGUCGACAAUCCACAACAACAAAGAAAGUCAACGCACCGAGGAACUCCGAGAGGAAGGUCACAAGCUAGAGGCGGACAUUCAUGAGUUGGAGACGAAGCUAUCCCUAAUGAGAGCAAGGCACCGCCAUGUCGUGGAAGAGCUAGCAUAUAUGGAAAACUCGGUGGACUCCAAGUUAUCCUCCUACAAGGCCUCCUUAUCCCUGUUAGAGUCGGACAUCCAAAAGUUCCUUCAGAACCCCCCUGUCCCACCCCAGUCGAGCUCCGCUAAUGGUGCAACAUUAUAUUCAUUGAAUCCUAAACGUCGGACGCUUGAUAUGGCCCGAGAGCAUUGGACAACGGAGCAGUCCGAAUUGCGAAAGAGACAAGAAGAAGUAGGCCUUGAGAUACAGGCACUUGAGGCAGGAGGGGGAGUCUGGAAACAGGUUAUUUUAGAAGUUUAUCGAUUUGAAAGACGGUUAAAGGUAGCAAUGCGCCGUUCACUACAAAAUCAGUCCCAAGCUUCAGAAUCUUCUAGGGCUGUUGAGAACAACUCCGAACUCGACCAUGUUCGUGGGAUUUUGGAAGACCUACACAAUACAACAGAGCACGUGGAACACUGUCUGGGAGUUGCAGAGGAGAAGAACUGGAAAUUGCUUGUCUGUUGCGUUGCUGCUGAACUUGAAGCAUUGCGGGAAGCACGAGAAAUGCUCCUUGAUGCCUUCGAUAUUUCGGAUGAAGAUCCUUCGCAAUCUUCAGAACGAAGGGUGCUUGACAAGUCUGGGGAAGAUAACCCGCAUGAUCUACAUCAAGAUCCACUUGGAGUCGACAACCCCGACCCUCCAGCUGAUCUAUUACAGGAUACCGAGGAACAUCAUUCUGACACCAUUUCUAGAUCGGAAGACGAAGAUGAUGAGCCGGAUCCUGCGUGGCUGCUUCCGGAAACAUAAGAAAGAAUCUUGAAUAAUGACUAAAUAUAUAGAAAUGUUGGCAGUUCUUCUUCAGGGAAGCUUUCGAAGGAAGCUAUCAAUCAUGUAAUAUAGGACUAGUACUAGUAGCUAUAAAUUUAUGAUCGAGAAUGCCAAUCUGGGCUUGUUGUCCAGCGUCAUAGGGCAACGUGCCUAAAACAAAGCGCCUGGGGAAGGCGCUUUGACCAACUUUG